AUGCCGGCCCACGUACAGGCAAGUGUCCUGCAGCGAUUGAUUCCGAUGCUGGUGUUACUGUCGAUUGCUGCAGCCGUACCCGUCGUUCGUCCCGUUUCCGACACCAUCAACGACACCAUCAAUCAGCAUCGAUCGAGUGGCGGGAAAACGCCACAUCACACACCCCGGUACGAGUUCGCUUACGGCGUGAAGGACCCAAUUACGGGCGAUCACAAAGAUCAGUGGGAAAAGCGCGACGGCGACCGGGUACAUGGUGUGUACAUGCUGGAGGAAGCCGACGGGACACAGCGUAUCGUCGAGUACGAGGCGGACAACGUACGCGGCUUCCGGGCGAUCGUCACCAACGUCAAGCUGCCCAAGGGCACCCACAGCCAGCAAGAUCCGAUCGCACACAGCUACAGUAUGCUACAGGCCUCCACUUAG